UUUACAUUAUUGCUACUCUAUACGGUAAAUUCAACAUACGUAAAUUGCGACAUUUUGUGAAAUUUGCGAGUUUUCACAAUAUUUACAUGAUUUCUUCACGAUGUUGUAAUUUCGCAAGAUUACAUAUUUCUCACAAUUUUUUCGUACACAAUUAUUUUAUUUCGAACAUGAAAACAUCGCAUGCAUUUUCUAUUAAUAUUAUACAAUGAGUGAGACUAUAAACUGCGCCAAAUUCCCCGACACGCUCCCCGCUCAAUGUAACUGCGCUCUGCCGUCUUCUUCCUACAAAAAUCAAAAAUAUCGUCACAAAUUUGAAAUUCAAAACUACAAAUAUUUAAAUAAGAACGGUAAAAAAAUCAAAAAUUGGACUACAAACUUCAACCACGACCAGGAUGAAUUUGAUUUCUUCGAAUUCUGCACAGCUAGGCAGGGGCGAGACCACUAUGUCGACCGCCUUGCUGAAUCCGAUGAUUCUCAACGCUAUUUUCGCCCAUCUCGGCCUCCCCGACGUGAAGACGGCUCGAUUCGUAUGCCGAGAUUGGAGCGACGUUGGUGCGACUCACUUAGGAAAAAGGUCAUUCCUCGACGUCACCCCGUUUUUCUGUUACCACACCGGAGAUUUACACCUCAUCUCCCCCGUCCACCCAAAACUGAUGCGGAACAUCGUCAUCUCGAACAAAUUCGAUGCGUCCAUCCCUUCAAGCAAGAAAACUGCCGUCAUCUCCAAAGUUUUCACUAUUUUGUCCGAAUUCACUCGCCACAUUGUAUUUUUUUCCGGGGGAGAAGAAAUUCAUCCCCGCUUUUAUCGAAGGGGUGAAUAUGUUGAAAUCCGGUAAAAUCAAAACAAUAAUCGCCAUGCAGGAAAGCUAUGUGCAGGAAGGUGUCGAUGUAGGUGGAGUUCGGGUAGUGUUCAAAGUACUUCCGUAAUUAAUAAUUAUAUGAUUAUACAAUUAAAGAGUAAUUAUUUAAUUUCAAAUUAAUUACAUACAUUUCUUUGUAUAAUUAAAAGGAGGUAAAUACAUAUCGGCACUAAAUAAUUACAAUUUGAGAUUAAAAUGUCAAUUAAUGUAUAUUGCAACGGCUCAAAUUACCAAAAAAUGAUUAUUAGCACUGCAUAUCUGAGUAACAAUAAAAUUAAUAUUUGCUCCAUAUUUUAUAACGAC